AUGGCUGUAGACGUCUUCGCCGUUCCAGUCUUCCUCGUUGUCUUUCGAGAGUCGCUUGAGGCUGUCAUUAUCCUCUCCGUCUUACUAGCUUUCCUCAAGCAAACCCUCGGAGGUCCCGAUGGCGACGUCGUUAUCUAUAAGCGGCUAAGGCGCCAGGUCUGGCUUGGGGCUGGAAUAGGUUUCAUUUUCUGCAUGAUUGUCGCGGCGGCCAUAAUCGGUGUUUUCUAUACUAAGGGUAAAGACGCCUGGGGAAAGAAUGAACUCUACUACGAAGGAGCUUUCUGCCUCUUUGCGUCAAUCAUCAUCUCAAUUAUGGGGGCUGCCCUCCUCCGCAUCGGAAAGAUGCAGGCGAAGUGGCGCGUGAAGCUUGCGCAGUCGCUCGAGGAAUCGCCCAAAGCAGGCUCUGGAAACUGGUGGAAGACCUUUUUCGAGCGUUAUGCCAUGUUCGCACUGCCCUUCAUUACUGUCCUGCGUGAGGGCGUUGAGGCCGUGGUAUUCGUCGCCGGAGUCUCGUUUUCUUCCACAGCGGCGGCCAUUCCCUUGCCCACCGUUGUUGGUCUUAUCGCUGGUGGUUUGGUGGGAUAUGUUCUUUACAAGGGAGGUUCCACUGCUCGGCUCCAACUUUUCCUCGUUAUCUCAACUUGUCUACUCUAUCUCGUCGCAGCCGGUUUGUUUUCUCGGGGUGUAUGGAGCUUUGAGAACCAAAAAUGGAACGAGAAGAUUGGUGGAGAGGCUGCAGAGUUUGGAUCAGGUGCAGGAUCAUAUGAUAUUGACCAGAGUGUCUGGCAUGUGAACUGCUGUUCCCCCAAAAUCCAAGACAAUGGAGGCUGGAACAUUUUCACCGCUAUUUUUGGUUGGACCAACUCGGCGACUUACGGUUCCGUCAUCUCUUACAAUUUAUAUUGGUUAUGUAUUAUCGUGGCUUUCCUCAUUAUGCGAUAUAAGGAGGUAAAUGGCCGCUACCCUUUCAUGAAGGCUUCAUCCAACCUCAGCACUACUAGUAGUGAGGUUCAGGCAGAAGUGACCUCAGACAAGCAAGCAGCUGGAAGAGUCACAGCGGUAUAA